AUGGAAUACCAUUUGGCCAAAAUUGAAAAUGGGACAUCUUUGACGGGCAGAGAGGCCAUGAAAAUAUCCAGCCUACCUUAUGAGGCAUUUUACGGACGCGCUGGAGGACCGUCGGGGAGCUCCGAGCCUGCUGUGGCCCUGCCUGACCGGAGCGACGCCGGGGCCGCAGAGCUCCCGGACAGGGCCACGGGAGGUUCCGUGUGCGGGGAGCGGAAGGACGAGUCGCUCUCUCCCUGUCUUCUCGUGGGAACAUUAGAUGCAGUGUUGGAUUCUACAUCGAAAGUCGCCCCAUUUCGCAUCCUACAUCAGACACCAGACUCUCAAGUCUACUGGUCCAUUGCAUGCGGAUCCAGCAGAGAAGAAAUAACAGAACACUGGGACUGGUUAGAACACAAUGUUAUGAAGACUUUGUCAGUAUUUGAUUCAAAUGAAGAUAUUACGAGCUUCGUCCAGGGAAAGAUAAGAGGCUUGAUUGCCGAAGAGGGAAAAGGUUCUUUUGUAAAAGAAGAAGAUCCUGAGAAGUUUCGUGAAGGUCUUAUGAAGUUUGAAAAGUGUUUUGGACUACCAGAGCAAGAGAAAUUGGUUACUUAUUACUCGUGCAGUUAUUGGAAGGGCAGAGUGCCCUGUCAAGGAUGGCUUUAUCUUAGUACCAACUUCCUUAGCUUUUACUCAUUUUUGCUGGGAGCAGAAAUAAAACUUACUAUCUCCUGGGAUGAAAUAUCAAAACUUGAGAAGACUUCCAACGUGAUUCUGACAGAGAGCAUUCAUGUGUGCUCUCGUGGGGAAGAUCACUAUUUUUCCAUGUUUUUGCACAUUAGUGAAACGUUCCUUCUCAUGGAGCAGCUGGCAAACUAUGCUGUUAGGAGACUUUUUGACAAGGAGACAUUUGAAAAUGACCUAGUCCUUCAUGACCCACUGCAGAUCACCAAGAGAGGCCUAGAGAGCCGUGCCCACAGUGAGCAGUUUAGUGCGUUCUUCAGGCUACCCAAAGAAGAGAGCUUGAAAGAAGUUCAUGAGUGCUUCUUAUGGGUUCCUUUCAGUCAUUACAACACCCAUGGGAAAAUGUGCGUUUCAGAAAACUACAUCUGCUUUGCUAGCCAGGAUGGCAGCCUGUGCAGUGUAAUCAUUCCAUUAAGAGAGGUCACAGGGGUGGAUAAGGCAGACCCAGCCAACAGAGGAGUCAGCAUCAGUACCAAAGGAAAAACAGCUUUUCGUUUCACAGAGGUUAGAGAUUUCGAACAGCUUGUGGCAAAGCUCAGAGUGAAAUGCAAUGCAGCUUCAAGUCCACAACACAUCAUAAAUACAGAGGUGGCAGCUGGUUCUGCCUCUGACAGUCCAAAGGAUUUUGAUGAGGAACCAUCAAAGAUGGGUCAGAGAGAGAACAGCAAAACUGUCAGUACAGAAGCCUUAAUGACUGUUUACCAUCCUCAGGAUGCUGAGAAUCUUGACUCCAAAAUGCUGAAAGAAAAAAUGAAAGAACAGUCCUGGAACAUCCUCUUUGUUGAACGGGGACAUGGUGUCAGUAUGUUUCGAACAAAGAAGACUCGAGACCUAGUUGUAAGAGGGAUCCCGGAGGCGUUAAGAGGAGAGCUCUGGCUACUCUUCUCAGGUGCUGUAAAUGAUAUGGCAUCCAGCCCUGGUUAUUACACUGACUUGGUGGAAAAGUCCUUAGGAACAUGCACUUUAGCUACUGAUGAAAUUGAACGAGAUUUGCGUCGCUCCUUACCUGAGCAUCCUGCUUUUCAAAGUGACACAGGAAUUUCUGCACUCAGGAGAGUUCUUACGGCUUAUGCAUACAGGAAUCCCCAAAUUGGAUAUUGUCAGGCAAUGAAUAUUUUGACAUCAGUACUUCUGCUGUAUGCUAAAGAGGAGGAAGCAUUCUGGCUUUUGGUUGCUGUGUGUGAAAGGAUGCUACCUGAUUAUUUCAAUCGUCGAAUCAUUGGUGCCUUGGUAGAUCAGGCAGUGUUUGAGGAGCUCAUCAGGGUUCAUCUGCCCCAGUUGACAGACCACAUGACGGACAUGACUUUUUUCUCCUCGGUCUCUCUCUCCUGGUUCCUUACCCUUUUUAUCAGUGUGCUGCCUAUUGAAAGUGCAGUCAAUGUGGUGGACUGUUUCUUCUAUGAUGGAAUAAAGGCAAUCUUGCAGCUGGGUCUCGCAGUGCUGGAAUACAACAUGGAGAAGUUGCUGACUUGUAAGGAUGAUGCAGAAGCAGUCACUGUUCUCAACAGGUUUUUUGAGAGUGUCACUAACAAAGACAGUCCUUUGCCUCCAGCUGUGCAGCAGGGCUCCAACCUCAGCGAUGCAAAGAGUGACCAUCCAAAAGUGGACAUUACUGAUUUGAUCCGAGAGUCAAAUGAAAGAUAUGGUGAUAUUCGAUAUGAGGAUGUUGAGAGCAUGCGCUGUAGGAACAGGCUUUACGUGAUCCAGACGUUAGAAGCUACGACCAAGAAGAAUGUGCUACGUGUUGUAUCCCAGGAUGUCGAAUUCAGUCCUAGUGAUCUUGAAGAGCUUUAUGAAUUAUUCAAGAAGGAGCACUUUCUUUCCUGUUACUGGAAUGUAAAUAGUCCUGCCUUGCAACAUCAUGAUGCCAGUCUGCCGUAUCUUGACCAGUAUCGGAUUGAUUGCCAGCAAUUCAGGGUUCUCUGUCAUCUCUUGAGCCCCUGGUCACACUGUGCGAACAGAGACUCGCUUGCGUUGUGGACAUUCAGACUGAUGGAUGAGGACUCUGACUGCCUUAUAAACUUCAAACAAUUUGCCUGUGUUCUUGAUACAAUGUAUAAUGGAAGUUUCACUGACAAACUCAAGCUGCUUUUUAAGUUGCACAUCCCUCCGGCUUUUACUGAAGUAGAAUCUCUGAGCCCUUCCAAAGGUGGUGAUCUUUCAAAAGAAGAACUGAUCCACUUCACCCAACUCAGUGUUUCAUCUGUUGGGGAUAGUCUUGAAAGUGAUUCUCUGAAGAGCAGCCCAGAAAAAGGGAAGGGGAAGGUUGAUAUUCAGGCAUAUCUGAAGCAAUGGCAAGAUGAGCUUCUUAAAAAAGAAGAAAACAUUAAGGAUUUGCCAAGAAUGAAUCAGUCCCAGUUCAUCCAGUUCUCAAAAACUCUGUACAAUCUGUUCCAUGGGGAUCCUGAGGAGGAACUGUUGUUUUUUUUCACAUCACCAGUCCAAAGUCCAGUUGCCGUUACAGAGGUGCCUGCUGAAACCCCCAGAAAAGGGCAGGAGGAAAGCAGCUCCGAGCAGACUGAAGGCAGUAGAGCACAGAGUUUCAGAGGGAACCAUGAAUGGUCUUUUGCCUUUGAACAGAUCCUGGCAUCCUUAUUAAAUGAGCCAGCCUUUGUGAGGUUUUUUGAGAAACCUCAUGACAUAAAAAUUAAAAUAGAGAGUGCUAAAAAUUUACAACUUAAAGCAAGAACCAGAAUUUAAUUUUCUUUACCUUUGACUCUGAAUUAACCACAUAAAGCGCUUACAAAUGAAGGUUGUUACUAUGGAAAUUGAGUCUGGUGUUUACAUAGGGAAUGGAGUUUGAAGAGUUAGCUUUAAAUAUCAGAUUACUGGUAUGUAAUGUAAAUAAAAAUAGUUUGAAGCAC